AUGUCUUUAGACGGGACAUCAAACAAGUAUGGUGAUAAAAACACCAAUAUCGUCGAACUGUAUAGCGAGAUGGUCAAGGAUAGCAAGCAGUUAACGUACUACAACAGUGGUGUAGGAACGUAUGCUAAGGGACACACACAUUGCAUGAAGCAGAUCGAGAGUGUCUUUGAUCUGGCCUUUGCGCUUAAUAUCAGUCGAACUAUUAUGGGAGCCUACAGAUGGCUCUCAGACACGUACCGUCCUGGUGACAAGAUCUUCCUGUUUGGGUUUUCGAGAGGUGCCUACCAAGUUCGUGUAUUGGCAGGAAUGAUCCACGAGAUGGGACUCAUAUUACCCGGCAACAUAGAACAGAUCCCCUAUGCCUACGAGCUUUACUCCGCCAUCAACAGUGGAAAGAAGAAGGAUAAGUUACUUGCGGCAGGAUUCAGGUCGACGUUCUCCAGACGCGUAGUAAUACAUUUCCUCGGCGUAUGGGACACCGUUUCGGCUGUUGGUAUCAGGAAGGAAAAGAUUCUACCAUCCACCGAUACAUGCGAUCACAUUUGCUGUUUCCGUCAGGGCCUUGCGCUUGAUGAGCGCAGGGUGAAAUUCCUACCUGAGUAUGUCUACGGAGGCACGAGCGAUCGACCCGAAUCCCAAUUGGCGCAACCUCCAAACAAUGCUGUCAAGGAUGUCAAGGAAGAUAAUGUCAAGGAGGUUUGGUUUGCUGGUAGUCAUUCGGAUAUGGAGAAGACGGGAAAAGCGCUCAAUUUCCAAGACAUGCCUUUACUAUGGAUGCGAGAAGAAGCUUUCGAUGCAGGGCUUCUGCUCAAUCCACCCAAGAUAGCUUUCAGAUUUGAAGAUUUGAAGGAACCCAAUAUUAACAACUCGUUAACACUUCGGUGGUGGCUGCUUGAGCUAUUGCCUGUCAGACGUCUUUGUUACAACAAUUCUAACCAGCAUACAAUAGUGUAA